AUGGCUCGCCGCGGGCACAGCGCUGAGGGUGGAUAUGCGGGCGAGGAGUUCGACAAGAUAAAACGGCCUCGCCUGGUCGUUCGGGCCCUCAGGUCUCUUCCCCCCAUCGUCAUCUCCACUCUCACCCACCGCGUCGCCAUCCACCUCUCUACCCGCCGCUUGGACAAAAUGGCGAGUGACGGUCUUGGUCGACAUAUUGUGGCCCCACAAGAGCUUGAAGCUAUGAUGGUCCCCACCAGCCGCGAAGAUCUCUGCACAAUGAUCAAAAGACUACAAGACACAAUCACCAGGCUUGAAUCAGAGGUCGGGAUUUUGAGGAUGCACAAUGAAGUCCUCAAGGAAGACAACACCGACUUGAGGGCCCAGCUAAAGGAUGCCCGCAGCGAGAUUCAUCGUCUCCGCGGCGAGCCCUCCAUGCCCCCCACUCCAUCUAGACCUCUCCAUGCUCUCGCUGUGAACCCCCCGAUCAGCCAGCCUCACGGCCCACCUUUGAGGCAGUACUCGCUGCCUGUGUCGGGCAGCCAGGGCUGGAACGUGCCCUUUCCUUCCAACCCCGACCCGAUUCCCUCCUCGCCGUUCGAGUGGCAGCACGCAUCGAGCUCCGCCGCCGUGCCGUCCACCGGGUACCUCCAGCCAAGCGUCCACCGGUCUCGCGCGCAGUCUCACACCACUCCGGGACCGUCCAGUGUGUUGCCCCACGCGGGGUACGCGGCCUCGCCGAUGUCGGGUCACGCAGUAAUCCCCCCUGUCAUCCUGGACUCGCCGCCUCGUCGUCACCGCGACCAGCAGCCCGCGGCGGCGUUGAACCAGACUCCCCCAAGUCACGGUCAUACACUUACUCCCCCCGCACCCUCACGAAUUAGGAAGCUUAGCAGUGAAAUCGCCGCCGUGUUCAUGGGGCCGAGCAGGGACAAGGACAAGGACAAGGGCAAGGACCACGACAGGCGUCGGGGGGUUUGA